AUGGAAGCAGAAAACGGAGGGAACAAUUCUAGUCAUGCAUCCAAACAGCGUUUGCGUUGGACGCAUGAGCUACAUGAACGCUUCGUUGAUGCUGUAGCUCAACUUGGUGGCCCUGAUAGAGCUACACCAAAAGGCGUUCUUAGAGUAAUGGGUGUACAAGGAUUGACUAUAUAUCAUGUCAAGAGCCACUUACAGAAAUAUCGACUUGCAAAGUAUCUGCCAGAUUCGUCCUCUGAAGGGAAAAAAACUGACAAGAAAGAAUCUGGAGACGUGCUCUCUGGGUUGGAUGGUUCAUCGGGAAUGCAGAUAACUGAAGCCCUGAAGUUGCAGAUGGAAGUUCAGAAACGAUUGCACGAGCAACUAGAAGUGCAAAGACAGUUGCAGCUACGGAUAGAAGCACAAGGGAAGUACUUGAAGAAGAUAAUAGAAGAGCAACAACGACUCAGUGGAGUUCUUGCCGAACCUUCAGGCCCAGUAACAGGCGAAUCAGAUCCUGCAACCCCUGCCCCAACAUCCGAGUCUCCCUUACAAGAUAAGUCUGGCAAGGAAUGUGGACAAGACAAGAGCCUUUCAGUUGACGAGUCUCAUUCAUCUUACCGGGAGCCUCUGACACCGGACUCGGGAUGUAACAUUGGGUCUCAAGAUGAGAGCGGAGGAGAAGAGAGAUCAUCAAAGAAGCCUAGAUUGACGAGAGGUGGAGCUGGUUACACACCUGAGAUGGUAGUGGCGCAUCCAAUACUAGAAUCAGGCUUGAGCGCUUCUUACCAUCACUCAGACCAUGCUCUCGCCUUUGACCAUCCAUCUACAUCACUGCUUGGUGCUGAAGCCCGAUUGGACAAAGUUUCAGGAGACGAUCUAUGA